UGCACUCACUCUGUGUUCCGGCGACAAACAUCUCAUCUGCUGUUUCCUUUUUCUCUGCGGCAGUGUGAACACACUUCCUGUUCCACUGCGGUUUCGUGCUCGAUUUCUUUAAAGUUCGAAACUUCUUCAACACAACUAUUUACAUCGGUUUUAUCCCUAAAUUAACACUUUUAUCACUACUUUGUCUUUGCUCUAACUUGCUCUGACUUCACCGCUGUCUGUCUGAAAGCUUCUUCUGGAGCAAAGUUAACGGAAAUGAGCUUCUUAUUUGGCAGUCGGUCUUCAAAGACAUUCAAACCAAAGAAAAACAUUCCAGAGGGUUCUCACCAGUAUGAGCUUUUGAAACAUGCUGAAGCAACACUGGGAAGUGGUAACCUUCGAGCUGCUGUGAUGUUACCAGAAGGAGAAGACCUUAAUGAAUGGAUCGCAGUUAAUACUGUCGACUUCUUUAACCAGAUCAACAUGCUGUAUGGCACCAUCACUGAAUUCUGCACAGAAACCAACUGCCCUGUCAUGUCUGCAGGGCCCAAGUAUGAAUAUCAUUGGGCUGAUGGUACCAACAUAAAAAAACCAAUCAAAUGCUCAGCUCCAAAGUACAUUGACUACUUGAUGACUUGGGUCCAAGAUCAGCUGGAUGAUGAAACACUGUUUCCUUCCAAAAUUGGUGUGCCAUUCCCAAAAAACUUCAUGUCGGUGGCUAAAACUAUUCUGAAGCGUUUAUUUAGAGUCUAUGCUCAUAUUUACCACCAGCACUUUGACUCUGUCAUGCAGCUCCAGGAGGAGGCCCAUCUCAAUACUUCCUUCAAACAUUUCAUCUUCUUUGUGCAGGAAUUCAACCUGAUUGACCGCAGAGAGCUGGUUCCUCUGCAGGAACUUAUCGAGAAACUAGGCACCAAGGACCGAUAAAAAAACACACAAACAUAUCUAUCACUGAAAUAUUUUUCCUUGUGUUCAGAGAAUUCUAAAGCCACGGUCAGUAUAUUGUAGGGUUACAUUGUAGAGUUAUUUUUUAAUAAUGUUCUGACUGUUGAUUAACAAUGUGUAUGUGCCCAUGAUGUUUUAGGAUGAUCUCCUUUCAGCUUUGAUUUUAUCAGUGUUUUGUAUUAGGGCUUCAUGAACUAUAAAAGUGUGGAUAAAGUAGAUGGGAAACAGUUCCCAGAUAGAAACUGCAGGCAGACUUUUGUAUGAAACAUUUAUUAUUGUUUUGUAUUCUAAUUGUUUUUUUUUUUUGUUUUUUGUAUUCAAUUCAUAUUCUUUAAAUAGAGAAAGAAACAAUACAACACCUUGUUUAGUUUUGUAUUGAAGAGCGAAAUUAAAGGUUUUUGGUUUCUGUGUACCUUCUUGCUGGGGCCUAACAUUCCUUUCAUGCUGAAAAAGUUUUUGAACAUGCUCUAUCUAGGUCAGUAUUCUUGUUUAGAAUGUAACAGUAAUAUUACUAUAGAUAAGGUGCUGAUUUUAUUCAUCAGUGAAAUGUUGCUUUUUUUCCUUGCAUUGCUUAUCAAUAGUGAUUUUCCUUUAAGUUGAACCUAUGAAAAUUAUAUUUUUCUUAAAUGGAUAAAGAAUGAACCGCUAAUUAGCUAACUGAUUUGAUUGUUGUAUAAGUUUUAGUUGUAACAUUAAGCACAGUGCUGUAAAAGACUUUUAUGCACAUGAAUUUUUUUAAAUCUGAAGAUUAAAACUAUAUUUGCAUCAGUCUAAGGGUUGUCUGUAUCCAAUUCCAAAAUAAUGUCUAAGAUGUAAAUAAAAACAAUGCAAUGGCUUGCAA